AAAUUUUAAACUUUUGCGCGUUAAACAAAAGCACUUUGUUUUGACAAUUCCGCAUGCAUCAAACCGAUGUAAUAAUAUCAGCAGGAGCAGCUGAAGUGAGAUGAACGUAACCUUUAUUGUACUUAUAGAAAUAAAUAUAAUCUCUCGAAUCGCGAAUAAACAUUAGUUUUUCUGUGUGCAAUCUAAAUAUCAUUUAAUUGUCACAGAAAGAUAAUGCAAUCAGUAAACAGAUGAGACGACGUGUUAUCUGAUCGUUCGAAUCACAACGUAAUUGGCAGUGAUUGUUAACACAAGGAAGUGUAUCUACAUUGCCUGGGCGAACGUAAUAAUUUGUGUGCUUGAACAUAAUGCAUAGACUACGAGUGCUUACACAAAAUCGAUUAAAUAUAAUUGCCCCGAUACGGUGCUUUUGUGAUGGCAAAACGAAAAACGAAGCCGACGCAAAGGAUGAUCCUAAUCAUCCGGUGACUCGGACGGGUCGUUUGCUGAAGAGAGAUUUGACGAAUGUUAAGAAUUUCUUAUUUCGCGAACGCAAAGUCAUUGGAACGAGCGAACAAGACAUCAGGGAUAUACGAACGCGAGCCAAUGAUAGCGAAUUUCAAACGCAUUGUGAUAUUCUGAUAAUCGGAGGCGGUGGAGUCGGAGCAUCGAUUGCGUAUUGGUUGAAGAAACGCGCUCGACAUGGAUUGAAUGUCGUCGUUUUGGAAAAGGAUCCCACGUACCAGUCGGCUUCGACAACGUUAUCGGUCGGUGGACUUAGGCAACAGUUUUCGCUGGAGGAGAACAUUCAAAUGAGCCUGUACGCGGCCGAAUUUAUGAAAGACAUAAAGGAACACUUGGACGACGAUGUUGAACUGAAUUUCACACCGCACGGCUACCUGAUGAUGGCUUCAGAAGCCGGUGCCGAUGCAUUGUCACAGAAUUCAGAAUUACAAAAUCGAAUGGGUGCGAAGAAUGAGCUACUCACCGCCAAGCAGUUGAACCGAAAAUUUCCAUGGUUGAACACGGACGGAGUUGCGUUAGGAUGCCAUGGAUUGGAAAAAGAAGGCUGGUUCGAUCCGUGGGCUCUGCUGAUGGGUUUCAAAAGAACGGCUUCGCGACUCGGAGCGCAUUUCGUUCACGGCGAAGUAGUUAGCUUUGAAUUCGAGCAAAAUCGUGACAUACAAGUCGCCGGUGUUGAACCAGGAACGUACGAAGCAUUGAAUCGAGUCAUGGUAAAAAUGGAGAAUGGAGAAGUGAGGCCGAUUGGAUUUUCCCAAGUGAUCAUUGCUGCUGGAGCACAUUCUGGAAGUGUAGCCAAAUUAGCGAAAAUUGGCAAAAGCGAUGGAAUGCGUUCGAUACCACUACCAGUCGAGCCACGCAAGCGCUACGUGUACGUUUUCGAGAGUCAAGGUGUGAAUUGUCCCGGCUUAAACACACCUUUGGUCAUCGAUCCGUCUCAUGUCUAUUUCCGACGAGAUGGCGUCGGUGGUAAUUUCAUUGGAGGACGCAGUCCUGAUCCAGGAAACGAACCGGCAACUGAUAAUCUGGACGUCGACUAUGAUUACUUUGACAAUGAAGUGUGGCCAAGGCUAGCCGCCCGAGUACCAGCAUUCGAAUCGGUUAAAGUGAAAAGUGCCUGGUCAGGUUUCUAUGAGUUCAACACUUUCGAUGAGAAUGGAAUCAUUGGGCCGCAUCCGUAUUAUCACAAUUUGAUAAUUGCCACCGGAUUCAGCGGUCAUGGAAUCCAGCAAACACCUGCAAUCGGCCGUGCCGUAUCUGAACUGAUUUUAGACGGAUGCUUCCGGACCAUCGAUUUGACUCGUUUAUGUUUUGACAGAAUUAUUGUGGAUGAGCCAAUGUACGAGAGGAAUUGCGUUUAACACGCAAAAUGUCUGUUAUUGUAACGAAACACAAAACGUUUACCGCUCUGUUAUUGACUGACUGGUUGGCUUUUAUUGGUCUUUAGUAAUUCAAUAAACUCAACACGUACAAAACA